AACACACAAAAUUUUAGUUAAUUUCAAGCCUCUCAAACUUUGUUAUUGUCCAUACCUUAUUCUUCUACUUUCUGCAAUUCUUCAUCAAUUAAACGCACAUACUCAGAGACACAGAGGCAUAGUAAUACUAUGGCUAGCUGCAACAUGGCUUCAGCUGCUUCUGGGUUUUUGCUGACACACAGUGUUUCCACCAAUGCAAACUCAGCUUCUAGGAGUAGUAUGGUGUUUUUCCCUUCAAAGAACACCACCACCAACAACAACAGUUCAAGGCUUGUCGUAAGAGCGGCUGAAGAGGGAGCUGCCCCGCCAACCACCACCGCUGCCCCCGCUCAGGGUGAAGCUCCGAAGCCCAAGCCACCUCCAAUUGGACCCAAGAGAGGCACUAAGGUGAAGAUUCUGAGGAGGGAGUCUUACUGGUACAAUGGAAUUGGGUCUGUUGUGGCUGUUGACCAGGAUCCCAAGAGUCGUUACCCAGUUGUGGUUCGAUUCAACAAGGUCAAUUAUGCAAAUGUAUCCACAAACAACUACGCAUUGGAUGAGAUCGAAGAAGUUAAAUGAGUUAAUAAUAGCUGUGUAAUUUUGAUUUUCACAUUAUUCCCCUCCUAGCUUAAGCUUUUGUGUGUGUAUAUUAUAUUCUCCCAGUGAAUUCUUCUUGUCUUCUUCAUCUAAUCAUGUUUAUGCUA